AAUAAAUCCAAAAAAAAAAAAAAUAAUCCUCCAUUUCAUCAUCUAGAAGGCUCAAGGUCAAGAACAAGCAGCAAAAAGGAGCUGCACAUCUCUCAUCCAUAAUUUCUAGUUCCCACCACUUCACCCUUUCUAAAUUAAAUUCCUUUUUUUUUUUUGCCAAUGAUAUUGAUAGAUACAACUAUGGCUGUUCACUUACACUCAUCUUCUUCUCUAGCAUAUUGCCGUUCCAUGUGGAAUGCUGAUGAUAAAAUGGGAGUCAACCUUGCUGUUUCUUGGAGUAAAUUGAACAGAUUGAGGAAACAAAUUGAUGGGUCUUUCUAUAAAAGGAAUGUAUUUAGAAAGAGCAGGAUUCAAGCGUCUGGGAAGUAUUUGGGGUCAGGAUCUGAUCAUAUGGGAGAAAAUGGCAAGUCUAAGUAUCAUCCAUCUGAGGAUAUUUCAGACUCUGAAGAAACUGAAGCUGGAGAGGGUCAACUCACUGCUUCUGAAACUUGUAGGACUAUCAUUGAGGUUAACAGCAAAGCGACUUUGAUGUUUUCUGGUAUGGUCAAUGAUGAAGUUCAUGAGAACAUAUUCUGGCCAGAUCUUCCUUACCUAACUGAUGAGCUUGGAAAUGUUUACUUUCAGGUGAAUAAUGAUGAAGAUAUUAUGCAGUCCCUUACUUCUGACAACAAUUAUGUGCAUGUCAUAAUUGGUCUGGAUACUAGUGAAAUGUUGAGUGAUAUGGAAUUGUCGGGCCCUGCUACGAUAGAUUUUGGUAUUGAGGAGAUUGAAGAAGAAGAUAGUGAUUUUGAUGAAGACGAGGAGGGUGAAAAUGAUGAAAAUGACGAGUUUGACGGGGAUUGGGUUGAUAUUCUUGAAGUUGAGGACAACGAUGAUUCUGAUGGAUCUUUGGGAGAUUGGGCGAAAUUGGAAACAAUGCGUUCUUCCCAUCCCAUGUAUUUUGCCAAAAAAAUUGCCGAGGUUGCAUUUGAUAAUCCUGUUGAUUUUAUGAUACCACCUCCUGCUGGUCUGGCUAUACAAGGCCUUCUAAGACCUGCCUUUAUCGAAGAACAGUCUGUCAUUUAUAAGCACCGAUCAAUUCAACCUGACAAAGGUGCUAAGGGGGAAAAGGCUAUAAACUCCAAAGUAGAAAAUGUCAGUGUGAUUAAUGGCCAUGCUCAUGUAUCGUCUCCUGACGAUAACUCUGAAUGGACUGCGGAUUUCGAAAAGGAUAAUGGCUUGUCAAACGGAACUGCUUUCUAUAAGCUUGAGAUGAUUAAGAUUCAGCUUAUUUCAGCCCAUGGAAGUCAGACUACAGUGGAGGUUGAAGAUUACAAGAAGGCACGGUCUGACACAAUCGCUCAUUCAGCAGCCAAAAUAAUAUCUCGUGUAAGUGCUGCCGGAGAAAAGACAACAAAUGCCCUCAAAUCCCUCUGCUGGAGAUGCAAGGGUCUUCAAGUAGAGGAAGCAUCGCUUAUUGGCAUAGAUUCUCUUGGUUUCGACUUGAGAGUUUGCUCUGGAACACAAGUACAAACAUUGCGUUUUGGAUUCAAGUCACGGGCCAGUUCAGAAUAUAGCGCUGAGAGACAGCUGAACGAAUUAUUAUUUCCUCGAAGCAAUCAGAAGGUUCAAAAAGUAAAACAAGCCCGGAGAAAAGAGAGCUGAAGCUAUAUGGGUAGUUGUUCGAUCUUGUCCCUUCGGCUAAUCCUUGUCUUGAGCAACUUACAGUCGAGACUUCUUUUCACACUAUUACAGUUACGAAAAUAAUGUGGAAAUUUGGAUUCAAUUGUCAACUGCUCCAAUCAGCGAUCUGAUUAACGACGAAUUCAAGCCAUAUCACUUUCUUUCAUAUCAAGAAAAAGGUUGUCCUCAGUUUGGUGCUGGAUGUCGCAGGUAAAUUUCCGUUUCAGCUCCAGAUCUCAUGUUUCUCGACUGAGAAGAUCAUUAUGCUGCAAAAGUUAAUACUAUCUUUCCUGUACAACAAGCAAGGUCGAGACGUCGAGUUGAUAUGUUCAUGGUAAUGCACAUUAGAGUCAGAAUUUAGGGUUAUGAAUUCCAAUCUUAAUGCUCAUGGCACAAGCCUCAACAUAUGAUUCUUGGAAAUUAUAUUGUAUGUAAUAAUAUACUGAUUACAAUAAUUGUUGACAUGUAGCUUUAUCUCUGUUGAGUAGAUCUUAGAUUGUUAUUUUGCUGUAUGAUACUGAAAGAACAGGUUUAGUUAAUAAAAUUGUUGGUUAUUAUGUUUGAAUUACUGUAUUUGGUGAGAUUUGAACUGUACUUGUUACCAAAAUAUGAGUAAUAGUAGUAAUCUUUUAUGGGAUGACAGACAGGUCAAAUUAUAUGGGUUUUACACUACAUUUGCUCCAGUGGGGCGGGUAUGAAUAUGAUUUUGGUGGGUAGUGGGUGGUGCGUAUGAUUAUGAAAAGUCCUACCCGAUAUGAGUUGUGGGUAAUUUGGGUAUGAGGUCUUACCUGCCCAUACCCACUCGCCCCACCCGAUACCCACCCGCUUUGUCCCAUAGCAAAGGGCACAAACUGUUCAAUAUUACCCAGGGCAUUCAAG